AUGGAAAUUCGUGUGAGAUUGAGACCAUGGCUGGAAAGUCGUUUAAACGAGGGCAUCAUCGACGGUCUUUCAUGGAUCGAUCGGGAGAAGGGUAUUUUCAAAAUCCCAUGGAAGCACCAUAGCAAGCAUACAUGGACGGAGGCAGAUGCUGCUAUCUUCAAAGAUUGGGCUGUUGUUACGGGGCGCUAUCGUGCUGGCGUUGACAGUCCAGACUGGCCAAUGUGGAAGACGCGGUUGCGCUGUGCGUUGAAUAAAGCUCCAGAUAUACAAGAGGUCAGACAGAGACACAACUUGCGUUGUGAGGAACCUUUUAAAGUCUACAGGUUCAUCAGCAAAACGGAAUCUUUAUGGCGUGCUAAUGCCACAAGAAACGCGAGCAUGAUCUUUGAUGGCGUGUACAGCUUUCCGAAGAUGGCAUUUUCGGGGGUUCCCUCUCAACGGCUGGAGUACAAUGCGUUUCCCAACGCCACUGGUAAACGCACUGCGUUGAUUGUCCAACGUGUUCCUGGGUUGAAUACUGCCGCCCGUGCAUCGGUCUUUAUGAAGGACAGCUCUGCUGUCAUCCCGUUCAAUCAUGAUCAGCGUGUUGCUGUUUACCGCUCCUGGGGUGUGAUGACCCCGACGUUUGGUGGCUGUCACCGGCGUGUUUUGGACCCUAUGGUCUUAGUUUCGGACCCCGCCACGGCCACAGCUUUGGUGGUAGGCAGCUUUGCUGGGUUAAUACUACGUCUAUCCUGGUGGGCCAUUGUGUUUCGCUACACCGAAACCCAGGACAUACGUUGCCUGUUUCCAACAGUAAAUCAGAUCUAG